AUGGGCAAGCAUUCAGUGGUGCAUCGCCGUGACGACACGAGUCGCACUUUUCUCCGUCAGGCAGGGACCUCGCAUUUCGCAUUCGUCCUCUACUUCAUUCUCAGGCAAGAAAAUGCAUCCCCAUCUGCACACGAAGAACGCUCUUGGUAUGGCGUCCUACGCGAUUCUCCAUUCCCAGCCCCUCGACUAACUGGCCGCGACGCAGCGUGCGAAGACAUCAUCGCCGUCCUCGAGGAGUGCCAUGCCAAAGGGUUCAUGCACAAGGCCAUCGGCGGCUGCAAUGGCGUCAAAGACAAGGUGAACCAGUGUCUGCGAGAGGAGCGAGCAAAAAUACAGGCCGAGAACCGGGCCACGGCCAAAGCGAAGCGCGAUCGGAUCAAGGCAGAGCAGAAAGAUUUGGGAUUGUGA